AUGCAUAGUGAAUUACCUAAAACAAUUGAUACACACCGAUGCUGUUUAUUGCCACGUAUUCACCCUCAUAUUCGUCCUGCAAUUAAUUCAAAUAAAUCUAUUAAUGAUGUUUCAAACAAUGAACAACACGAAUGUGAACAAAAAUUAAAAGUAGAAGCAUAUGUUUUCGCUAAAUUAGAAGAAUAUUCUCGAGAAAAAUCUACAAUUCUAUUUCAUUUAACAUCAUUUUCUCACAUACGUCGACGUUUAAAACGUGAUAUUAAAUAUUUAUCAAAACAAUUUGAACCAUGUGAUGUAUCUGAAGGAAAAAUUCUUCAAUGGAUUGAUGAUACACUUGACAGAAUUAAUUCACAAUUUCCACAUUUACGAUCACUCAUUGAUUCUCAAAAUGAAUCAAAAAAAUUAUUUUUAACAGAUGACUUUUGUUCAUCAAAUAAUAAUCAUAAUCAAUGGCGAAAAUUACAAAUAAAACGAGCUAAAAUUUUAUUUUCUGAUACAAACAAUAAUGAAAAUGAACUUUUAUUAAUAUAUCAAAAAUAUAUCAUUGAAAGUUUAACGCCAAAAACAUUAGAAAAUGGUUGUCUUCCAUUAAAAAAUAACGACAAAAUUGAUUUAAAUUUGGAAUAUAAUAAAGCAGAAAGCAUUGGACAUGAAUAUUUAAAAAAUAUUCUUGAUGAUUAUAAAAAACGACAAUAUCCAAAUUUAAAUUUAAUUAAAGAAAUGAUCAAUCUUGGAAUGGAGCAAAUGAAAAAAAGACCAAAAAUCGAUGAAUUACAUAAAGCAUCAACACCAUCAAAUAUUCUUUCGAAAGCCUUGUUUAUUCUUAGAAGUAAAAAUGCUUACUCUAUGAGUUUAAAAAACUUGGCUGAUGAUUUUAUGGUAAAAUAA